GGCGGCCCCGGCGGCCGAGGGGGAAGAGCGGCAGGCGCGGGAGAAGAUGCUGGCGGCGCGGCGCGCGGACGGCGCAGCCCCGGCGGCGGGCGCGGGCGAAGGGGUGACCCUGCAGCGCAACAUCACGCUGCUCAACGGCGUGGCCAUCAUCGUGGGCACCAUCAUCGGCUCGGGCAUCUUCGUGACGCCCACGGGCGUGCUCAAGGAGGCGGGCUCGCCGGGGCUGGCGCUGGUGGUGUGGGCCGCGUGCGGCGUGUUCUCCAUCGUGGGCGCGCUCUGCUACGCGGAGCUGGGCACCACCAUCUCCAAGUCGGGCGGCGACUACGCCUACAUGCUGGAGGUCUACGGCUCGCUGCCCGCCUUCCUCAAGCUCUGGAUCGAGCUGCUCAUCAUCCGGCCCUCCUCGCAGUACAUCGUGGCGCUGGUGUUCGCCACCUACCUGCUCAAGCCGCUCUUCCCCACCUGCCCGGUGCCCGAGGAGGCCGCCAAGCUCGUGGCCUGCCUCUGCGUGCUGCUGCUGACAGCCGUGAACUGCUACAGCGUGAAGGCCGCCACCCGGGUCCAGGACGCCUUCGCCGCCGCCAAGCUCCUGGCACUGGCCCUGAUCAUCCUGCUGGGCUUCGUGCAGAUUGGGAAGGGUGAUGUGUCCAACCUGGACCCUAAGUCUUCGUUUGAAGGCACCAAAUUAGAUGUGGGGAACAUUGUGCUGGCUUUGUACAGCGGCCUCUUUGCUUACGGAGGAUGGAAUUACUUGAACUUUGUCACGGAGGAGAUGAUCAAUCCUUACAGGAACCUGCCUCUGGCCAUCAUUAUCUCACUGCCCAUUGUCACUCUGGUGUACGUGCUGACCAACCUGGCCUACUUCACGACCCUAACCACCGAGCAGAUGCUGACGUCGGAGGCCGUGGCCGUGGACUUCGGGAACCACCACCUGGGCGUCAUGUCCUGGAUUAUCCCGGUCUUCGUGGGCCUGUCCUGCUUCGGCUCAGUCAACGGGUCCCUGUUCACGUCUUCCAGGCUGUUCUUCGUGGGGUCUCGCGAGGGCCAUCUGCCCUCCAUCCUCUCCAUGAUCCACCCGCAGCUCCUCACACCCGUGCCGUCCCUCGUGUUCACGUGCAUCAUGACGCUGCUGUAUGCCUUCUCCAGAGACAUCUUCUCUGUCAUCAACUUCUUCAGCUUCUUCAACUGGCUGUGCGUGGCACUGGCCAUCAUUGGCAUGAUGUGGCUUCGCUAUAAGAAGCCCGAGCUGGAGCGGCCCAUCAAGGUGAACCUGGCCCUGCCCAUAUUCUUCAUCCUGGCCUGCUUGUUUCUGAUUGCCGUGUCUUUCUGGAAGACGCCAGUGGAGUGUGGCAUUGGCUUCGCCAUCACCCUCAGCGGGCUGCCCAUCUACUUCUUCGGGGUCUGGUGGCAGAACAAGCCCAAGUGGCUGCUGCAGGGCAUCUUCUCCACAACCGUUCUCUGCCAGAAGCUCAUGCAGGUGGUCCCCCAGGAGACGUAACCAGGAGGGCCCAGAAAGCUGCCGGAAAGAACACACACUGACAUCGGAACACAACUCACCCCUCAAAAAGCACCUCCAGUCCCCUCCGUCCACAUGGCGUGUCCACACAGCACACUACGCCACCCACCGCCAGCUCACUCCCUGCCUCCCAGGGUGGGCGCCAAGGCUGCUGUGAAACUGGUACGACUUCAGCCCGAAGACAAGCUUCCACAAUACCUCAGUGGGCAGGCACAAGCUUGAGCCCAGGCCUGUACUCCCACUGCCUGGGGCUUCCUGCCACACUGGGCCGCCUCCCUUCCUGCCUGUUUACUUGCAUUUUUUUAAUUUAAAUCUUAUGUCAAGUCGACACCACCAAGAUGACUAUUUUUUGAAGAAAUGAGGGGGUGAGGUGGGGAGACUUAUCACUCCCCCUACACCCCCCGAACGCUGUGCCUCCAGGGGUUGGAUCCCUGUCCCCAGCGAACAGAACUACUGAGACUCGGACUGCGCCGUUGUGACCUCGGACCUGCUCUCAUGGCCACACAACUGGCCCAGACACGUGCGCUUGACUUUCUUAUUUUUUUAUUGUGAUAAAUGCAGUGACCUUCAUGAAAAUUAACCCUGUGGGUUCAUGUCUGUUUGCCUUAAGGCCCCGAGGCAGGUUCCUCCGCAGCACUGAGAGAGGUGUCACUCGAGGAGGGCAUGGGGGACAGGACCCAUGACUGACCCUGAAUCCCGUUCCCCCACCUCCAAGGUGCUCGGCAGGGCCCGGUUUCUGGCUUGAGGAUCUGCUGGACUCCUGACCGUACGUCCUACCCCAAGAUGCCAUCUGAGCAAAGGCAUAGACCUGGGAGUGCCAGUGUCUCCCCAGCACACACGCUAGGCCCAGCCUCCGGGCAGCGUGUCCUCUUGGCUGACUCUGCGUCCAGUUUGGGAGGCAAAGCCCUGCUCUCCGGUCUUCUAGAAACAGAAGAAAGGCAGACAUGCCAUGGCCCGGCUGCCUCGUGGACUCCUGUCUGAGGCUCCGCACAGCCAUGUCCCCUCCU